UUGAAAUAUUUUCCACCAACGCCAAGGGCAGUUGAAAGAGAUAACAAUGGUAAAUUGUUCUAAAUAACAUAAAGGCAAAGACUAAAAGAAAUACCAACUAUAUUGUGUUGUUUAGGGGCAGAUUCCAUUAUGCAGAGAUGGGAAGGGAAAACCACAGUCUACACAUUCAUCUCCCUGGUGCAAGUGGGUAUUGUUCUGUACCCCUGUUGUGGCAGGAUUAGAAAUACCACCAGGGAGCAAGUACACAAAGUUGUUAUGGAAACCAGAAUGCUUCAGCGCACAGUUAUUUACAGAGAACUUCCAGGAUUAUCACAUUCAAUAAAAUCAACUCUGCUUUGCUUCACUCUGUGCCAGCGCAUCCCAAUCAAAUAUCUAGUUUGAAGGGUCCUUCAGGCAGCUGCAUUUGGCUGCAUAUGGAUUCAGGAAUCAGUGGAUGGUGGUCCCAUCACUAAGUAAAAUUUAUAUAUGGCAUUUUUGUAUUACAUGCUUGACACUUGUUCACACUUGCCCCAACUAUUGUCAAGUUUGCUGGUUUCCGUAAUAUAGGAACAAGGUGGCUGUUGACUAAUGCCAUUGGCAGAGAAACAUUUCCUCCAAUGUAGCUGCUGUCUGUGUUACCUGAUUCCGCGGUACUGCAACACUUCUCUCCACAUUCUUUCUACUUGCGUUUAAGGCUAGACAGUGACAGCUGCCUCUGGCCAACAUUUUCGUCUUUAAUUGUGAAUUGUGAUUCUCUCAGCUAUUGAACAAGAUCUUUGAAAAAAGACUUUUCUUUCUUCCCCCCCUUUUUUUUUUUUUUGCAAAAAUGAGGAUUUUCAUAGCCUUUGAGGGAUCUUUUGAACCAUUUGAUGUUUCAGCAGAUGAAACUGUGGAGGCUGUCAAGCUAAUGAUAAAGGAUUUUUUCCACAUUCCUCUGUCUGAAGACGAACAAGGCAGGCGGUAUCUGGAGCUGAUGUAUGCUGGAGCAACCCUAAAGGACAGCUGGAGUCUUACUGAUGUUGGAGUAUCUUUUUGUUCAACUCUCAAAUGUUUCGUUAAGGAAGAAGAGAAGCCCACUCUCUAUGUGUUCAAUGCUGUGACCCAAGAGACAAUGCGGAUAAUGGAGAGCAUUUCCCUUCUUGGUAAAAAAGUGUCUGAUCUGAGAACACUAGUGGCUCUGAAAUGUGGCUUCCCCCUGAGUGUCUUCUGUCUCCGGACGCCGGAGGGACUGGAGAUGUAUGACUGCAACACACUCAGGGACUACCAGAUAGACAUCGGCAUGACACUUCGCUUGGACGUCUGGGAUGGAUGGAAGGAAUUUCUGAUGGGUUGUCUCCUUGGACAAAAACUAAAAGUCCAACGCUACUUACCAAACGAAGGACCAGUACUCAAGUAUCAGAAAAGGGUAGCCCUGUACAUCGCUGCCUUUUAUGGGUACGUAGAGCUCACGGAAUGGGCCCUGAAGCAGGGCGUGCGGCCCAACGAGGCGGUCGGUGUGCACCCCUAUCGAGCAUGGUGCCACGAAGCUCUGCACGCAGAUGUCUCUAAAUGCCCCAUUCAUGCAGCCGUAGAAGCGGGCCAACUGCUGAUUCUGAAGGCCUUUGUCAACUGCAGCGUUCUGUGCCUGGAAUGCAAAAAUGCAGCGGGGCAAACUCCCCUGGCUAUUGCGUUCAAACACAAGCAGAAAGACUGUGUAUUAUAUUUACUGAGUAAAAUGUGGUCCACGGUUUCCUUUCUGAAAAUCUCAGUCCCUAUGAGGAUUUAUAUUAAAAUAAAACAGUGGAUGCUCAGAGCUCAGAGUCACAACCUCAAUAAAAGCCAGCUUUGUGGAGCAAGGGUCUUUGGGGCAAAAGUUGGAGACACUGUGAUGAUGGUGGAUGGUUUCACCAAACCAAAAAUGACCUCCAAAAGCUGGCAUAAGGCUGGAAACAAGGACUCAGAAGGCACUGUGGGCAAACUACCGCCUCUCAGGGAGCAAACUGUGAGCAGGAAACCUGUCAAUCUUUUAACAAUUUCACAGCAGGACACAAGAGGACAAACACCUAAGUUUCCUCCUCUGGUAGACUCAAAUACAUUCUCGGAAAUACAAAAACAACAAAAAAAUCGGAAGAAAAUAACCGCCACAGCUAGGAAUAAAAAAAACCUUAUAAAAAAUACGUAUCUCCCCCAAGUCCCCCUCCCUCCGGUUUCAAGAGUGGGCUACUCACACCCAUCUUUUUACCAUGCAACACCCAGGGCCGGCUGUCUACUCAGAUCCUCCUUGGCAUCUUUCUCGAAGCACAGUGGGAAGACUCCAAGGGAGAAUGCCAUCUACUGCUUAGCUGUGGCCAGUGCCUUUAAAGAGAAACGAUGGCUUCAGCAGUUAAGAAUAGCAACAGCCCUAGCCAAAAACAGUAUUUCUCACCUGACUACCCAAGGAGGCCUGAUGUCAUGUGAAAAUCCUCCGGAAAUUGUGCUUUGAAAAGUCAUGGCAACCUCAGUUUGGGCGAAGACUUGGUCAAAUAAAACCUCUAGUUCUAAUGCUAAUAUUUCUAAUAAAAGCUCUAAUGCUGGAAUUUCUAAUAACAAUUCUAAUACUACAACAGAAU